AUGGAUCAUCUCCUCAACAGUGAUCGCCGAGAGUUCACUACACUUCGAAUGGUCGGUUUGACAUGUGUAGUGGGCGGCAUUCAAAUCAUCUGGGCAAUUCUGAUGGGCAGUACAUCUCUGUAUCUGACAUCCCUUGGAUUUUCAAACGCUGCCAUGGCAAUGAUUUGGUUGAUGGGCCCACUUUCUGGCACCUUCGUCCAGCCAUUGAUGGGUGUGUGGAGCGAUUCAGUGACCUGCCGAUGGGGCCGGCGGAAACCAUUUGUCCUUGGAGGUACCAUCGGACUGCUGGCCGGGCUGAUGGUGCUGUCCGAAGCAGAAGAGCUUGCAGGCCUCGUGGGCAUUUCAAGCCAAGUCUUUGCCGUUGUCGGAGUGUGCACCAUUCUUCUCUUCGUUCAGCCACUCCAGAUGGGUGCCCGCGCUCUGAUCGCCGAACAGUCGCCACCUAACCUCGUUGCACAAACAAACGCUUGGGCAAGUCGCUGGGUCGGAUUCGGAUCGGUGUCUGGCUAUCUGUUGGGCGCACUCAACCUGGGGGAUUCAAUGAAGGCCCUGUAUGCCAUUGCGGCGGCCUUGCUCAUCCUCUCGGUGCUGAUCACAUGUUGGACUAUACGAAAAGCUCCUCCCCCUCUGACUCUGGACAAAUCCCGACCAAUCUCCGCUUCUGGCAAAAUCUCUCCGGCGAUCCAACAAAUCUUCAAAGUCCAGCUGUUUGCCUGGAUGGCCUGGUUCCCAUUUUUGUACUAUGGCUCGACAUACGCCACGGAAGGGGAUGUCCUUGGCACUAAAGCAUCGCCCUUCAGUCGUGGGAGCUUUGGCAUGUUCCUCUUUGCACUGGUGGCUCUUUGCUUCAACCUCCUUCUUCCGCAGGUGUUGUCGUGCUUGGACACCACGCGAGGAUCUGGAAAGAAGACCCAAAGACGGAUGCCGCUUGUCAUCUUGUGGAUGAUUGGACAGCUAUCAUACUCAAGCACCAUGUUAUGCGCCUCGAUCGUGAAUGGAGAGGACCGAAUUCUUCUCGUCGCACUCGCGGGACUCAACUGGAGCCUCACACAAUGGGCGCCGUUCACACUCAUCAACGAACACAUGCUUGAUGACGGGUUGGACGCCGGGCUUGUGAUGAGUCUACACAACGUGGCCAUCUCGCUGCCACAGAUUCUGUCGGCACUUUUGACCGGCUGCAUUUUGUGGAUUCUUCGGAUUUUGGACGUCGCUGACGAAUUGGGGAUCUUGCUGAGUCUGACGGCCGUUCCAAGUCUGCUUGCGGCAUACCAAGCCAGUUGUAUACUUCCUUGA